AAUUUGCAACAGUGUAGCUGUGUUUGCUGAGAUAAAUCUCGCCAUCGCAGCAGUAACUGCGGGCACCUUUAUCACCGCUGCGUUGUCACAGCAUCACGGUUACGCUUUAGAUCACGGGAUUUUGCUUCUAUCCAAUCACGCCAUCAUUUUUUUGGGUGGGUAGUUCAAAAUUGUAUUUCUCUCCUUAACUGUAAAUGCGAACAUUUUGCCUUUUGCGGCUCAAUCUGCGCUGCAAACGAGCCGUAUUGUGUGAUGACAGUGACGGUAUCACAGAAGGAGCAGGAGGACGUUGAGUCUGUAGCUAAUUUCGAGAGAAAUUCAAUCGGACAUCGCUGUGUUCAUGGAGGAUUACCGUUUCAUGGAGGAUCGUCGUACUGGGUUGUGUUGCUUUGGUAAAGAAACCUCGUCAUGACGCGGUCUGUGGAGCGGAUCGACUCUCCUCAUCGAGUGCACGCUGACAAUACAGCAUGAUGGCAGCCGAGAACUGACACGCACGUUUUAUUAUUUUGGAAAAAUCAUUUGAAAUUGAGCGGGAAGUGAUCGUGACAUCACAUAUUUUGACAAUCUGCGCAGAUGUAACCAUGUUGUGUGAAUGUAGGCUAUUCAGUUAUUCGCUGUCGUCUUUGUUAUUAUUUUUGCGUUGCUUUUUUUCACCAGUCGACUCGGCAGGAUGGCGCCCAUAAGAUACAUGGAGGAAGGCUUGAGCUGUGUUAAUCACAUUUAAAGUAAGAAUGGCUGACGCCCUCUGCAAUGCCUCUGCCAAAGGAAAUUUACAGGAAGUGUUGUUUUUGCUGCAAAAUGGAGCAGAUGUUAAUGCCUUUAAUAAAUACAACAGGACUGCCCUGCAGGUGGUGAUGUUAGGGAACGCCGCCGUGAUGGAGGCGCUCCUCUCGGCGGGGGCUGACCCAAACCUGCCCGACCCGGCCAUGAGUCUCCGCCUCACCGUGACGCACGACGCCGCGCGCGAGGGAUUCAUAGAUUCUGUGCGCGUUCUGAUGGACCACGGGGCAGAUAUAAACCUUACGGACGCGAAAGGUAACCUGCCGCUGCACCUGGCCGCGCGGGAGGGCCACCUGGAUGUGAUCCAGCUGCUGAUUGGAAGCACCGCGAACCCCCAGACUCCCAACAGCAUGGGUCACACGGCCGGGCAGCUCGCGCACCUCCACGGGAAGGCGGACGCUGCCCAAUACAUUGACAACUACUUGGGCCCACGGACUUACCAGUUAAGGGGAAAACUAACGCUGGUCCACAUAACCAUUAAGUGUUAA